AUGGAUAUUGAUGGAGAUUCUUCAGGUUCAAGUGAUGAUGAAAUGGCAGAGAUGCUAAUGAUUAAUAUGGUUUAUGAUUAUUACCAGAAUCAUUUGAAUAAAACAGUGAUGAAUGAUUCUAAAUUGUCUGGUCGUGAAUUUGUUAAUGAAAUAUUGAAUGGAUCAGGAACAGUUUGCUUUGAUUUAUUUCGAAUGAGGAAGCCAUGCUUUGUUAGAUUCUGUAAUGAGUUGAGGGAGAAAAACUACUUAAGUGACUCAAGGGAUGUGUUUGUUGAUGAAAAAGUUGCAAUGUUCUUAUUCAUUCUUGGUCAUGGUGUUCGGCACAGAGUUGUUGCAAAUCGCUUUCAGCAUUCCACGCAAACAGUUUCAAGUUGUUUUAAGGAAGUUUUAAGAGCAGUAUGUCGAUUGGGGAAAGAGCUUAUAAGACCAGAUUCCACAAACUUGCCUGAUAGCAUUAAAAGUAACCACAAGUACUAUCCGUGGUUCAAGAAUUCCAUAGGUGCAAUUGAUGGUACACAUAUAAGUGCAUGGGUUCCUGCUGACAAACAAAUGUCAUGUAGAGGUAGAAAGACAACAAUUACACAAAAUGUUAUGUGUGUUUGUGAUUUCAAUAUGAUGUUCACAUAUGUAUAUUCGGGAUGGGAAGGAAGUGCACAUGAUGCUAAGGUAUUUUUGGAUGCACUUACCAAUCCUAAUGCAGAAUUUCCUUGGCCACCUAGAGGGCAUUUCUAUCUUGUUGAUUCAGGCUAUCCAUGUACUGGAGGCUUUCUUCCACCUUUUAGGGGCGAAAGGCAACCACUUAUAGUAACUGCAUGUUGUGCUAUUCAUAAUUACAUACGCAAGUGGAAUUUGAAUGAUGAACUAUUUAGGAUGUGGGAAGAACUAGAUCCCGCGGAAUUUAAUAGCAUGAAUGAAGGUUCUAGCACUGCAGGAACAACCUCACAUGAUGACAAUUUAGCAAGACUAUCUAAUGAAGGUGCAACUGAAAUGGCAAUGCAAAGGGAUCAAAUUGCUGAUUUGAUGUGGGCACAUUAUGACAUUGAUAAUUGA